AUGGCAUGCGGACGCCAUUCGGUCAGUCAGGGAGUUGAACCACUGAGCUCGGGUAGUUUGUUUUGUUAUUAGAAAGAGAAAAAAAAAUAAAAAAAAGGGUAAAGGCAAACAUGGCCGACAUCCAUCAGCAGAAUAGUCGGGAAUCUUUCGAAAACAGCAACUACGUAACGAAAUCGUCCAUGACAACAUCUGGCCCUCGUGUUGUCCAAAUUGUCAAAUCGGAAACGGGAUUCGGAUUCAAUGUGCGCGGACAGGUGAGCGAAGGCGGACAGCUUCGCUCCAUCAAUGGCCAGCUUUAUGCACCUCUGCAGCAUGUCAGCGCCGUCCUGAAAGGCGGUGCAGCAGAUAAAGCAGGCAUUCUAAAAGGCGACAGAAUUCUGGAAGUUAAUGGCUCCAGUGUCGAAGGAUCAACCCACAAGCAAGUUGUUGACUUGAUCAAGUCUGGUGGUGAUGUUUUGUUGCUUACUGUCAUAUCUGUGUCUACCAAGGAAGCUGAACGUCUAGAGCCUCAUGAAGAAACUGCUGGCUAUUCCUACAUCGAUUACUCUGAAAAACGCUCCCUACCUAUAUCUAUCCCUGAUUAUCGCCUAGCAGACAAAAAGAAUGACAAGUAUGUGGUAUUUGACAUAUACAUGGCUGGGAGACAUCUGACAUCCCGUAGAUACAGCGAGUUUGUUGAUUUGCACAAUAAUCUCAAGAAGGAAUUUAUUGGUUUCAAUUUCCCCAAAUUGCCUGGCAAGUGGCCAUUUGCGUUGAGUGAACAGCAGCUCGAUGCACGGCGUAGAGGGCUUGAGCAAUACCUGGAAAAAGUAUGCGCUGUCCGUGUUAUUGCCGAAAGUGACAUCGUCCAGGAAUUCCUUACAGAUUGCGAUGACGAUCAGGAUGGCCUCCAGAAAGUAGAUUUAAAGGUUUUAUUGCCGACUCACGAAGUAGUGUCAGUUUCUGUGUGCAAAACGUCAACUACUCUUGACGUUUACAACGCCACCGUGGAGAAAAUAUGCCUGGAUAAGGAGAGCGUGCAGUAUUUCGCGCUAUUUGAAAUCGUCGAAUAUAACUUUGAACGCAAGCUGCAGGUGCACGAAGUGCCUCACAACAUUUACAUCCAGAAUUAUAGCACGGCCUCGGCAACAUGUUUGGCUUUAAGGCGAUGGCUCUUCUCGCCUCAGGUGGAACUUUUGCUUGCCCGUGAUGACCUGAUCUCGACUUACAUGUUCUGGCAAACGGUCGAUGAAGUCAAUCGCGGCCAUGUAAUGGCGGGCGAGAAUCUUUACCAACUCAAAGCCAUGCAGGACAUAAAUCGUCGCUCCGAGUAUCUAGCCUUGGCUCGGCAAUCACCCGGCUAUGGUGAAGUCGUUUUCCCCCACUGUGGUUGUGACGCCCGUAAAGAAGGUCACGUCAUCCCUUCUUUAGGAUUUAACGCCUUUCGGCUUCAGGCAUGUAAAGAAGAUGGAUCUUUACAGAGCCAAGUCAUUGAGUUCAGUUGGGAAACGAUCCUGGCCUGGGAAGUGGAUGACGAAGGUAUGGCCUUUUGCUUGCAGUACCACAGGCCGGAAAAAUCACCACGCUGGGUCCGCAUUUUUACGCCCUAUUUUGUGUACAUGUGCGAUUGCUUCGAUCGAGUCCAAGAAGAGCGCAAGUGGUCCGACCAGGCCAUGUGAAAAAGGAUUCGCAAGAAAAGCAAAAAAAAAAUAAAAAAUGUGCCCAGUCCUUUGGACGUCAGAUGGCUCUGCAGUUUGUUGCUAGUCAAUCCGUUUGGAGGCAGUGCACCGAAGCAGCAAAGGAUUCCCUUCAAAACACAACCGCCUCUCCGUCGAUAGAUGUCCCACCUCCUAUCCUCUCUCUCUCUCUCUCUCUCUCUCUCACUCUCACAAUCGUGAUGUGUUUUUUUUUUUUCGCUUUCCUUCCUUGUUCACUGAUUUCCCAUACAAUCACCACGUCUUUACGAUCGCCGUUUGAUUGUAAAUAAUGUACAGUCGUCUUCUUUUCUGUUUUUCUUCCUCACUUUCUUUGUUGUGUCGUUGUCGCUGGUCUCGCUUGACGGAUGACUCGUCUGGCCGUCUGGCGGCUCGUUGCACGCAGAUUAGGCAACUAUUUUUCCCUCCUUCUUUCGUUCUUCCUCUUUAACAGCGCUCGUUACGAAAAAAAAAAAAAAAAGACAUACUCAGACGAAAUAGCUCUCCUUUUUUGAAUCUUUCAUUCGUGAUUGUUGGCGGUAGUUAUCUGCCUUUAUAGUGCAGACAGGAAAAAAAAAAACGACGAAAAUGUAGCAUAGAGCCCCCUCUCUUUGACUUCUGACCAAGAGAAUUUCAAACCAGUCGUUUACCCCCAUAGCGUCGCAGCACUUCUUUAUUUUUUGUGUGUUACACACACCUUUCGUUCUUUUUUGUUGUUGUUAUUAUUGUGUUUAUUGCGUUUCCAUUUUGGCUUCUGGUCGAUUACAAUCCACAUCAUCCGGGAAAACAUAAAAAGAAAAAAAACGAGAAGCUCUUGCAUUCCAGAAGUCACAUCGAAAAUCGCUGUCCACUUUUUCAUCCUUUUUAUUUGUUCCAUCAUUAAAACCUUUUUGGGGGGAUGAUUGUGAACGUGGGAUGGUUGACAAAAGACGAAAAGAAAAAUGAAUUUUGUUAUCACGUCCUGCAUACAAAUUUGUUAAAUGUGUGUGCACAACACAAUCGUGUACAUUUUUUUUUUUUUCGGCUAAGUGAAUUUAUUCAAAUACGGCAAAGGACAAAAAAAAAACUCACCCGUCUUUUGUUUCUUUGACCAUUUUGGUCUACCAUACUCUCUUUUUUCUUGUCGCCAUAUAAAAACGUAUUCGAUCCUCUCACUCUCUCACUAUUAUAUUCCCUUAUUGUGUGUGUGUGUGUGUACUAUGUUAUCGCCUACGUUCACCUUAUGAUCUACUUCUUUCCCAACAAUCAAAUUCUUAUAUUCUACUGUUGAAAAAAACAAACAAAAUUGUGUCAAUCUCUUGUUUGUUUUUUCCUUAAAAUUCUUUCGAUUUUGAUUUAGAUCUGCCUCGUCCUCUAGCCCCGGUCGGCAAACGGAUGUGUAUAACUGAAAAUAAAGACAUAAAAUUGCAA